UUUGUGUCUUGGGUUUUCUUUUUUUUUCUCCUCAUCUAUAGGGCAAAAAACAGUUAUUUUCCUAUAUUUCAUUCAAUGCUGAGUGAGCCGUCCACGCUGCUAAAUGAUUCCCCCACACACACACACACUUCCCCCCCCCAUCAACUUCUGCGAAUUAAUUAAUUUCGUUGCUAAAUUCAUACUGGCGAAAUAUGAGCGCACGGACUGGUGGUAACAAGUUAGUGGAUUAAAGUGACUCAGAGGCUUUUAGUUAUGUUUAUCUUGAGCGCGCAUACGUUAAAGUGCUGUUGGUUAAAUUGUGCGUAAAAUAGUUGACAGGGUCCCUUUUGCAUGUUCUUUGAAAUCAGGGACCCUCAGAGACCAAGCAGCUUCUUUAUUUUGUUCUGUCUUGAGCUUGGACACCGUGGCUGAGUUUCCAUUCAGUCUGGUUGCUGUCAGCUGGGGUACAUAGCUCGGAUCAGAUAAAACCUUCUGGAAAGUGCUUUAGAAAAGCUGAUCCAUCAGUCGUGACUUGGUUAUAUUAAUGUAAAGCCCCAGUCGCUUGGCUAUUCCGUAAGCAGAUUCGCAGGCCUCGGUUGGCUCUUGGCAGUAUAACUAAUGUGAGUCCUGGAACUGCAGCCUCCAAUUAAACAAAUGAUAUUUCAGCUUUCUAAUAACAGACAUUCUCACUUUUAUACAGUAAAAUGAAUAUGGGAAAAUGAAUUUUUGGGGAGAACUUUUUAAAAUGUCACUCAUAGAGUUAUUGCACCCACUAGUGGUGAAGAUGAAAAGUACGUGAGCUGAAGUAGAGGGGUCCUCCUCUCGUUUUCACCUCUUUUAGGUUUUGGUGGUAAUUCAAACCACCGAGGCUCUCUUCACUAAUUUUUUGUAAUUUUCUUGGCAAACUGUUCUUGACUGUCUCCUGCAGAUGAGAACAAGCUGUGCAGAAAGAGCUUCUGUCAUGAGAUGAAGUCCUAGGAUGUAUUUGUAAUUGAUAUAGGUUUCAUGUUACAUAAAGACAACUUGAAGUUUGAUCACUCUGAAGUGCUUCAUCCAACAAGGCUGUCUUUUGAUUUAAGCAAGAGCCUGUCCUGCGUGCAUCCUGAAGAACUGGACGUAUAUGUUACUUCUAUUCCUGCUGGGAUCCUUAGGACUCAACGUUGAGGCAUCGAGCCCCAGACUGGAGCCUUGCUCCGGGCAUACGUCCCGCUGUCGUUUGCACAGUGUUAGCCGCAUCACUUCUAGCAAGAGAGACUGACAUGCUUUGAUCACGCUAAGGCUACGUGCCACCUCGACUUGCAACAUACAGGAGGGGGAGAGCCUGACAUCCCUGGAAAUGGCAGCUGAGACAUCCACAGAGGUUCCAAAAUCAGCUAGACAAUCCGUCAUCAAAGAAGAGGUAAUUGUAGAAAAAAAAUGGGUGAAGCUUGAAGAAACAACUUACGUUGAUGCCUUUGGUAAAACCAGAACUUGGGAAACUGUAAAGCGUGCUCUCAAGAAAAAGGGCAUUUCAGCUGAUGGUGUAGCAGUGAUAGCUAUCCUGCAGAGAACUCUCCACUAUGACUGCAUUGUCCUAGUGAAACAGUUCAGGCCUCCAAUUAGCGGCUAUUGCUUGGAAUUUCCUGCAGGCCUCAUUGAGGAAAAUGAGACUGCGGAAAGUGCUGCGUUGCGAGAGUUGGAGGAAGAAACUGGAUACACGGGGGAAGUUGUUGAAUGUACUCCAGCUCUCUGCUUGGACCCAGGUUUGUCUAACAGCACAACACACAUUGUGACUGUCACCAUUAAUGGAGAUGAUGCUAAGAAUAUAAGACCUAAGCAAAAACUUGAUGAUGGAGAAUAUGUGGAAGUUAUCUCACUUCCAAAGAAUGACCUACUGCAAAGAAUUGAUGAACUAGUAGCAGAAGAACAUAUUGCAGUGGAUGCCAGAGUUUAUACUUAUGCAUUGGCACUGAAACGUGCAACAGAACAACCGCUCCAAGUUCCUUUUAUGAAGUUCUAAAGCUGCACAGUGAGAAAUGUAGUUGAAAACUGCCCGGUUUAGAUGGCUUAGAAGUAUAACUCUUGGUGUAAUAAAGAUCCUUCGCAUUACUUGCGGAGUCAAAAAAAAGUAUUUGUAGGAAUGAUUCUGAUAUUUUUAUCUGGAAUUACGUAACUGACUUAAAAUAUUUCUUCUAACUGCUCAGUCUUUCAAGCCUUGAUAGAAUAAUCGUAAUAAAAAUGCAGUUUAAUUUUCAAAAUGG